GGUGCCCCGCCCCCCGCGGGAGCCGAGCGCCAAACUCAAAGCGCAAGAUGGCGGCGGAGAGUCUGUUCGGCCGGUUGGUGCCGGUGCAGGUGAAGUGCCAGGGCUGCGAGGACAGGAGGAUAAAUGUUCGAGUAGGAUUGAGCUACAACACAUCUAAUCCUGUUCAUAAAAAGGACUUAGUUGUGCAGUUAACUGAUGAUACUGACCCCUUUUUCCUUUAUAACCUGGGUAUAUCUGAGGAAGAUUUUCAAAGUUUAAAAUGCCAGCAGGGUCUUUUGGUAGAUUUCUCUGCUUUUCCACAAAGAUUUGUAGAUCUACUUCAACAGUGUAUUCAGGAACAAAACAAAGAUACCCCAAGGUUUUUGCUGCAAUUAGAUGCUUCAGCAUCUGUUUUAGAUCACACACCUGCUUUUUUAAAUGUAGUGGAGACAAAUCCAUUUAAACAUCUUACACAUCUCUCACUAAAAUUUCUGCCAGGAAAUGAUGCUGAAAUAAAGAAGUUUUUAGCAAUCUGUUUGAAAUGUAUUAAGGAAGAAAAGUCGUUAUUGGAACAAAAGCAAAAAACUGAAGAUGACCUUACCAGACAGCUGAGCUAUACACAGCAGAGCUUGUCAGAAAAGAGCCGGGAAUUAGAUAAGUUGAGAAGUGAAUGGACGUCACAUACAACAAUGCUAACAAAUAAGCACACUCAGGAAUUGACAAAUGAGAAGGAAAAAGCUCUCCAGGUGCAGACUCAGUACCAACAACAACAUGAACAACAGAAAAAGGAAUUGGAAAGCUUGCAUCAGAAAAGUAUCCAACAGCUACAGAAUCGACUGUCAGAACUAGAGAUUGCCAACAAGGACCUAACAGAAAGGAGAUACAAAGGAGACUCCACAAUUAGAGAACUUAAAGCAAAACUCUCUGGGAUAGAAGAUGAGUGCCAGAGAGCAAAGCAAGAAGUGCUGUCGUUGCGUCGGGAGAAUACUACGCUGGAUGCUGAAUGCCAUGAAAAAGAGAAACACAUUAAUCAGCUACAAACACGAGUUGCAGUUUUGGAACAAGAGAUCAAAGAUAAGGACCAGCUAAUUAUUAGGACAAAAGAAGUAUUAGAUGCAACACAAGAACAAAAGGUGAUACUGGAAGAAAAUACAGAGAAGAAACAAGUUCAUAUAGGAAAACUUGAAGCAACAAUAAAGUCAUUAUCAGCUGAACUUCUUAAGGCUAACGAAAUUAUCAAGAAGUUACAAGGAGAUCUGAAAACUCUAAUGAGUAAAUUGAAAUUGAAAAAUACAGUAACAAUUCAGCAAGAAAAACUCUUGGCUGAAAAAGAAGAGAAACUACAGAAAGAGCAAAGGGAACUGCAGGAGACAGGACAAUCUCUUAAAGCAAAAGAGCAAGAGGUCUGCAAGUUGCAAGAACAGUUAGACUCUACAGCAAAACUGGAAGAAAGCAAGCAACUGCUAAAAACCAAUGAAAAUGUAAUCACAUGGUUAAAUAAGCAACUGAAUGAAAUUCAGAUGGCAAGAAAGCAAGAGAUAUUGGGAACUUCUACCAUUCCACUUACACAUUCAAGCAAUGGCACUAUUAGAACUGGCACUUCACCUCACAAUAUGCUUGACAACAGACUCCGUUUUACUAGCUCGGAAUCAGUUACCCCCAUCUCUCCAGUAUGCGCUUUCCAAAACUUUCCAGAAACAGCACCUGCGAAAAGUGCCACGCAGGUUUCAGGACCAAAGGUUCAGUUUAAUGUGCAGCUUUCAAAAACUAAUAGUUCAGACAUUCAGCCAGGAUUUCCUACUGCACUGAUGACAUCUGGUUUCUUUAUUCCAGUUUACCAGGGUGGUGCUGGAGUGUACCAAUAUGGUGAAAAUUUGGGAUUGGAAUAGUAUUUAAAGAAAAGAGAAGACAGCAUUCCUUUACGAGGUCUCAGCCAAAAUACAUUUAACUCCUCAGAGUAUCCGAAAUCCUCCACAUCAACAAAAACACCAACUUCAUCAAAACCUGGAGUACAGUCUACAGCCUCUGCUUACUUCCCUGGAGUGCAAACAUAAUCAUUAGAUGAAAUCUUUUAUAUUACCAACUAUGGAAGAUUUUGGAUGGCUUUUAAUUAAGAUACUAAAUACAAUUACCCCUUAAAAUGUCAAUGUUAUAGUAACCAUGUAAAAUGAGUUAACUUUACCUUUCAUUUGUAUAAUAUUUAGCUUUUGUGAAGAAAGCAAAUUUAUUUACAUAGAUAUCAGUGUACAAUUCCAACCAGAAGAGUAAAAGAUGGAGGGGAAAAAUAUUAACUACUUUAGUCACAUGCUACACAAGGAUUGUUCAGAAAUGACCAUCUAUAAAAUGAGGCAAAGCCUUUUUAAAAAAAGCUUAAAUUGUUAUGGAGCACAUAAGUUGUUUGUUUACUACACAAACUCCUAUUUUAAUCUUUCCCCUUGCCAGAAAUCCACAAGCUAAUGAUAUUGCUAAUAGUUUUAUCAUUAUGCUGAAACUCAGGUCCUGCUUGGAGUUUCUCCUUAAAAAUACCUAGUAACUUUAGGAUCUUGCUCCUGGAAAGUGCACAGCAAUCUCUGAAGUCGGUGGUAGUUGUGCUGGGCAGUUUGCUAGUAUAGGAAACUUCUUUUCCCAAGUUAUGCCUACAUCUGUUUGGAGUUUGAAUCUAAUUUUUGGUUUCUAUACUGAAAGACAUGUUUGUAUAGCAUUGUGAACUUACUACUCUGGGCUCCUUAGCCCCUAAAUCAACAGUUGUGUCAGGGUAUCUGUAAUGACCCAGGUCAGCUAAGACCAGGAGGUGCAUUAUAUUCUCUUUGUACAGGAUUUUGGCAGUCUGGAUUGACACUAUUCCACCAGUUACACUCCAUGUAUGGAUGAAAUAUACACUCUGGCAUUCAUCUCUGGAGAACAUUUUUGUAAGAUGUAGCAGGAUGUGGAGACUCUUUCACUGGCCUGUCCACUGAGGUGACCUGUCACCUGUGGAACAUUGUUUCCUGUCAGGGUAUGUCUAUCCUACAAUCUCAGGGUGUGGUUGCAGUCCAAGUAGACAUACCUAAACUAGCUUUACUGAACCUAGUUCAAAUAAGAGCAGUGAAACUGCUUCACAUUGGACUAGCUCCACAAGUAAUUACUCAGGGUUCUGGGCAGGCCUGUACAGCUCCAGUACCCAAACUGGCUAGAUUGGGGAUUUCUGAGUUAUAAUCACAACAUGUAAUUGCAAGUAUAGGCAUAUCUAUCUUCAGAAGUUCAGUUACAAGAAUGUAAGGGUUGAAGGAGUGAGCGCAUUGCUUCUGGCCUAGGACUCCAGCAAAUUUCUUAAACUAGAAGCAUCUUAAAUUUCAUAAAUAAGAGCUGAAGCCAUUGUGGGAUCACUCAUGUUCUUAACAGAGACACACUUCCUAGCUUUAAAAUUAUGCAGGACAUUUAUUUAAUAUAGGUUUCAGAUGGUUUCUUUCUUUGGAAAUUGCUUUCUUAAACCAACUACUUUUACAUGUGUGUGUGCGCAGAUUUUUAUCUGGUGGAUCUAUAGUCAAAUAUUUAAAUUAGCUACUUAAUGAGAUCCUAAAUACUUACCUUAGUGAAAGCACACAAUUGAGUUAUGGCUACAAAUUUCACAUCUUGUCACAGCCUCUGCUUAUAUUUCUCUCUCCAUAGCAGAUGAUUCCACAUACAAUGGGCUAGUUUGUAAUACACUGAAAAUUACAACCAAGUAGCAGAAAUGUCUUGUUCCAGUAGUUUGACGCAUUAAUUGGAACAUUUGGAAACUUUCAUUUUACUACUGUAAUCCAAGAUGCCUGCACUGGUGACUACAGUGGCGUACAGAACAUAUCAAGUAAAUUUAACUGUACUUACCACUUAGGUUGUAGCCCAAGCCCAAGUUUUUCUUCCACUGAGUCCCAGUGAAGAUUGAGAAAGCUAGUUAAAUAGAAUUGAAGUAAAUUUUUCUCUGCAUCUUAUAUGAACCAUAUUCUAAUAUCAAACUAGUAAUUUAAAAAUGACAGUACAUUUGUAGGGAAUUUUCCAAUAUCUUGGACUCAAUUUAUGCCCCUAGCUCUUACACUUCUGUAAUAUAUUGUAUCAAUCUACUUCUUUCCCAUAAUGUUUGAGUGGCUAAUCAUCCUAAAUUUUGCACAUUACUGUCCAAAUGUGUAUAAAACAUCUUAGAGUAUAAAGUUUGUAUAUUUGUUUAUAAUCAAUUUGUAUUUGUGUGUAUAUAGAGUUGCUUUUAAAAAUGUAUGUUAAUGGAAAUUAAAAUGGUUUCAGUAAAAAUGUUUCUGGUCAGCUGCAGUUAAGUGGAAACAUUAAGGGGGGAGAGGUUUCACUCACUCACAUUUUAAAACCAGAAGUAGAGCAAAGUUAUAACUUCACUACAGUCAAGACCAGUAAGUGGUACUACUUUGCCAGACAGCUUCAUGGCCCACUUAUCAAGUUGCAUAGUCCAAAACUUUGGGAUUUACAAAAGCUUCUCAGAAUAGAUAAUCAAAUAUUUUUUUAAAACUAAAUACACAAUGCAGUAGUAUUAGAAAUCAGUAUGAAACUUAAACUGGGGACUAGAUCCUUCAAAGAAACUUAAAUGCUGUGAUACCUUGUUGUCCAGUGGCAUUCAGAGCCCAGCAUCCAGGCAUCCUACACAAAGCAUGGGGAAAGUUCUACAUCUUAAGCACCUAUCAGCUAAGCAAGAUUAAUUUACUGUCCCUGUUUGGUGGUGGUAUUUACUUGAAAGGGGGUGGUACAGGAUGGCCAUGACAAAUUCUCACAUUAUCCCACUCCAGUCUUUGGGGUUUUUUAAAAGUCUUAAACACUUACCUGUUAGUAACUAUGCAGGCAUCUUGCUCCUGGGUCUACUUGUACAAAAUAAAUGCUCAAAGCAGCUUAGUAACAAUUUAAAUGAGUAAACAGUACAUUAGUAAAGUAUUCUACUGGUGGCUUUUUCUUUUUAAGAAGGUAGAAGGAACUUCUCCAGAUUUUAUGCAUGUAGAUUUUUUACCCCUAGGACAGGGUGUUGUGAUCAUGCAGCCUGAAAAGUUACAAAAGGAGCCAAACUUAGAUAGUGCAUUACAGCCUGAGUCUAUGUAUUUGCAUUUGGCCAGAGCUACACUCAUAUGUAAGACUUUAA